AUGUGUGACGAAGAAGUUGCGGCCCUUGUAGUUGACAAUGGAUCUGGUAUGUGCAAAGCUGGUUUUGCUGGUGAUGAUGCACCAAGAGCCGUCUUCCCGUCCAUUGUAGGACGACCCAGGCAUCAGGGAGUCAUGGUUGGUAUGGGUCAAAAAGACUCCUACGUGGGUGAUGAAGCCCAAUCAAAACGUGGUAUCUUGACUUUAAAAUACCCAAUUGAGCACGGCAUUGUCACAAACUGGGACGAUAUGGAAAAAAUCUGGCAUCACACCUUCUAUAAUGAGUUGCGUGUUGCUCCUGAAGAACAUCCAGUCUUGCUUACAGAAGCUCCCCUUAACCCCAAAGCAAACAGGGAAAAGAUGACUCAGAUUAUGUUUGAAACCUUUAAUACCCCAGCCAUGUACGUCGCCAUUCAAGCCGUUCUUUCCUUAUACGCUUCAGGUCGUACUACCGGUGUAGUUCUUGACUCAGGAGAUGGCGUUACUCAUACUGUUCCUAUUUAUGAAGGUUAUGCUCUGCCCCACGCUAUCCUCCGUUUGGAUCUGGCCGGUAGAGAUCUUACUGACUACUUGAUGAAGAUCCUAACAGAACGUGGUUACUCGUUCACAACCACGGCUGAACGUGAAAUUGUUCGAGACAUUAAAGAAAAGCUUUGCUAUGUUGCUCUUGACUUUGAGCAGGAAAUGGCAACUGCUGCCUCGUCAUCGUCAUUGGAAAAAUCAUACGAAUUACCUGAUGGUCAAGUAAUCACUGUUGGUAAUGAAAGGUUCCGAUGCCCAGAAGCUUUGUUCCAGCCUUCCUUCAUUGGUAUGGAAUCUGCUGGUAUCCAUGAAACCUCAUACAACAGCAUCAUGAAAUGUGAUAUCGAUAUUCGAAAAGAUCUGUACGCUAAUACCGUUCUUUCUGGUGGAUCUACCAUGUACCCUGGUAUUGCUGACCGUAUGCAAAAGGAAAUCACCGCUUUGGCUCCAAGCACAAUGAAGAUUAAGAUUAUUGCACCACCCGAACGCAAAUAUUCAGUGUGGAUCGGUGGCUCUAUUCUUGCUUCCCUGUCUACCUUCCAACAGAUGUGGAUUUCGAAGCAGGAAUAUGAUGAAUCUGGACCUUCAAUCGUUCACCGUAAAUGCUUCUAA